AUGUCGCCCGCCGCCAGCGCCGCGCUGCUGCGCUCCAGCCUGCCCGCCGCGCUCGUCACCGCCAUCGCCGACUUCAGCGAAGCGAAAUUGGAAUCAAUAAAGGCGCAGAGGAAUUCAACAGAAGAUGUACAAAUGGUGGACCCUGAAAAGGAACCAGGACAGCCGAAGUCAGAGCUACCCUCGAUGAAGACGGUGCAUCAGUUGGUGGAGUGGGCGCGAGCUGUCUGCUGGUCCAAGCGACUGAAGGACUGGCUCGGAGGCCCUGGCAGCAUAUUCUGGAAGCCACUGCUCACCUUACUGUGUUAUCCUAGACCUCAUUACAGCAGUAGUUGGCAAGAAGACGCUCAGUACGCUCAGCUGGAGGAGAGCACCAUCCGUCUGUUCGCGGAGCUGACAGUCUGCCACCCCGCCAACCAGCAACUGUUUGCUUCCACGCUGCAUAGCAUACUCGAGGCACUGCCUAGUAACGAGGGUAUCAGCGGGUUCACGCGCGCGCUGAUCCUGCGGCUGGUGCUGUCCCCGGAGCGCGUGUGGGUGUCGCUGCGCUGGGCGGAGGGCGGGGCCGGCGCCGCGGCCGCGCACCCCGCGGCGCACGCGCACGCCGUGCUGCCGCUGCCGCUGGCGCGCAGCGUGCGCGACGUGCUCGCAGACCACCGCCCGCCCGUACCCAUAAUGGAGGACACGACGAAAGUAUGCAUGAACUCGUCGCCCACGUCGGCCGGCACGUCGGUGCUGCGCAGCGCGUCCGACACCGCCAUCACCACGGUGGCGGAGGCCUGGGAGCUCAGCCUGGCCGCCGCCAGCGCCUCCAAGGACAAGCGCGUCAAGGACGUCAAGAACACCUCCCUCAAACAACAGAAUAACAAGAAGCGACAGACUAAGACCAGCAACGACGCGUCCGUACUGUCCGUCACCGAUGAUUUGAUAGAGUCGUCGAUCCGCGUGCAAGUGCCGGGGCUGGAGGGCUUCAUCCCGCCGAGCACGACGCUGGCGCAGCUCGCCGCCGCCGUCCCGCAUACCAUCGGGCCACAUCUCUCACUCACACUGCAUCUCAACACCAACGGCGAAGCAUGGUCUGGUCCGAUGUGGGAAGGCGCGUCGUCAACUAGUCCUUCAAGUCCGGGCGCCGGCCCGAGCUCGAGUAGUGCAGGGACUACGAGUAGCUCGGCGGCGUCCACGGGCGGCUCGGCCAUCCUGCGGUGGUUCGGGGCCGUCGGGGGCUUGGCGCUGGUGGCCGCGCGCCUGCCCCGGCCCCACGCCCCUCCGCCCGACCCACCCGCGCUCGUCCAUCACCACCACGACCUCGACUGGGUCAAACUUGAUGACCCUUACGAGGAGGUAGUGGAGCUGGGCGUAGCAGCAGGCGGGGGCGGGGUCGGGGGCGGGGCCGAGGAGGGGGGCUGCACGGGCGUACCUGCGCACGCGCUGCUGGCGCUGGGGCUGCUGCUGAAGCUGCCCGGCUAUGCGGACGCGCUGCUCGACGAGGGCGCCCGAGCCUGUCAUCUACUGCGUUUGUUGCUCGGCGUCACGCACGACGAGGACGGACGGAGUAUCGCGGUGGGCGAGGGCCGCAGCGGAGGCGGGGUGGGCGGGGCGGGGUCGCUGGGCACGCUGCCGUUCACGGUGGUGGCGCGGCUACUGGAGCGCGCGCCGCUUCAGUCGGACGCGGGCCGCGCGCUGCGCCGGGCGCUCCUACAGCGCGGCGCCGUGCGGCUACUGCUCGCCUGCCUCGCUGUCUUCACGCAUCACCGACCUAACUCCAAUGACAACAGCCAAGGUUCGAAUGGAUCGACAGGCAAAUCCGAAGAGAAGAGCCAACUAUACUGGGCGAAGGGCACGGGCUUCGGCACCGGGUCCACGCAACAGUCGUGGAAUGUAGAGCAAGCACUCGUGCGGCAAAGGACUGAGGAGGAACAUGUUACUGUCUUACUGCAGGUAUUAGCAUCAUAUAUGAAUCCGGGUGAGAAGUGGCCCCCGGAGGAGGGCGCGGCGGAGACGACGGACAGGGAGGACUCGGACGACUCACACGAUCUACCCGCAGAGUUCAUCGACCUCAUCGCCAACAGCUCGCUCGUACCUGCCAUCUGCUCCUAUCUUAGAAAUGAUUCAGUGCUGGACAUGUCCCGCCACAUCCCGCUGUACGUGCACGUGCUGCGGUGCGCGCGCGCGCUGAGUGCGCUGGGCGCGCGCCGCCUGGCGCCCGCGCUGCGCCCGCUGCCGCGUCUGCUCGCCUGCAUGUCGCGCACCACCAACUCCUACGCCACCAAACUAAGAAUGAGUAAGAAAAAUAUAUUCGGUAAAAUGACAUAUAGCCAAAGAUUUAGUACUUCAAGUAAUUCAGAAUUAUCAGAAGAGGACGAGGGACUCGCCGCGCUCAUUGCAGAUAUACAAGCAACAUCGGCAUUAUUAUGUCGGUCGGAGAAUGAGGCGGAGUCUGGUCGGGCGAGCGGCGCGCCCGCACCGCUCAGUGGAGCCACGCGGGAGGCGCGCUAUAUCGAACUCAUGCGCACCAUGCAAUUCGAGACGUUCGAGAUGAUAGCGGAGUGCGCAGAGAGCGGGUUCCGGUUCCUGGUGCCGUACCACUUCGAGGGCGCAGUGCGCGCGGCGGGCGAGCGCGCGCACCCGGCGCGCAUGAAGCGCCUGGCGCAGGAGGCCGCCACGCUCGCCACCUCGCUGCCGCUCUCAUACUCCUCCUCCGUCUUCGUGCGCACCGACGCAGACCGCCUCGAUGUCAUGAAGGUCCUAAUAACGGGUCCGUCCGACACGCCGUACGCGAACGGUUGCUUCGUGCUGGACGUAUACUUCCCUGCGGAGUACCCGGCGGUGCCGAUGCUCAUCAACCUGGAGACGACGGGCCGCCACUCCGUGCGCUUCAACCCCAACCUGUACAACGACGGCAAGGUCUGCCUCUCCGUGCUCAACACCUGGCACGGACGUCCCGAGGAGAAGUGGAACGCACACACCUCCAGCUUUCUACAGGUACUGGUGUCGAUUCAGUCCUUGAUCUUAGUCCCGGAGCCUUACUUCAACGAGCCGGGCUACGAGCGUAGCCGCGGCACGCGCGUGGGCUCCAGCGCCUCACUGGAGUACAACUCCAACAUCUACCAGGCCUGCGUGCGCUGGGCCAUGCUCGACCAUCUCAGGAAUCCAGAGCCCUGCUUCAAGGAGGUGAUCCAGACCCACUUCUGGAUCAAACGUAAUGAAAUAAUGCAGACGGUGGCCAACUGGAUCACAGAACUCGAGAGCCAGAGCGGGGACGAGCGCACUCAGCGGAGCAUACAGCUUAACCUCAUGGCGCUUAAGAGACACUACGUGAAGCUGCAGGAGGAGCUGGCGAAGCUGCCGGUGCCGGCGGGGCUGGAGGAGUUGGACGAGCCGUUCCAACUGCCGGCCGCGCCCGAGCCCGCGCCGCAGACGCCGGCGCCGCCUACAAACGACGAGAUCGACCACGACAUGGAGAAGAUCGUGUCGCAGGUCCUGGACUGA